AUUGGAUCCAUGUCAAAGCAAAGCAAGCAUCUAGGAUUACGGUAUUACUUUAAAAAGUAGGCUUCCGCUUUCGCGCUGAGGGAAGUGUAAUUCAAUUUCCUGACCAUUGUGCCGAGUCAUGAAUAGGUCUAUCUGAGGCCGACUCUCAAAUGGUAGCCGCUAUGUUGCCUCCGCUAUUAGCGGCGCUCUCGAUAUCGCCAGUUGUUGCGUCUGCAUCCUUCAGUCCUGGAGGGAACUAUGCUCAAUCGCCUUCGUUUUUCCCUACGCCACCCGGGAAGGGAGCAGGCAGAUGGGCCGAUGCAUACAACAGCGCCAGCGGCCUUGUAGGUCAGAUGACAUUAGAGGAGAAGGUCAAUAUCACACGCGGCUUUACUGUUGGCGAUAAUGUCUGCGCUGGUAAUACGGGAACAGUCCCGAGGCUGGGAUGGCCUGGCAUGUGUCUACACGAUGCAGGUAAUGGGGUUAGAGCUACGGACCUCGUUAAUUCAUACCCGUCGGCAAUUCACGUUGGUGCAAGCUGGGACAGGAAUCUGACAUAUCAGAGAGGCUUCUAUAUUGGCGAUGAAUUCAAAGCGAAAGGUGUUAAUAUCGUGCUUGGUCCCAAUGCAGGUCCGCUAGGAAGAACUCCUUUAGGCGGCCGGAAUUGGGAGGGUUUCUCUAUUGACCCCUACUUAUCUGGGCAGUUGAACGCGGAGACAAUCGCUGGCCACCAAGACGCCGGUGUAAUUGCGAAUAUCAAACAUUUCAUUGCCAAUGAACAGGAGACGUACAGACGGCCGUAUUUUGGUGUUGAAGCUGUCUCGGCGAACAUCGAUGAUAAGACGCUUCAUGAACUUUACCUGUGGCCAUUCAUGGAUGGCGUCAGGGCUGGUGUCGCCUCGGUUAUGUGUUCCUAUAAUAGAAUCAACAACACGUACGGCUGCGAGAACAGCAAGUUGCUAAAUGGUGUCCUUAAAACCGAACUUGCCUUUGAUGGGUUCGUACUCCUUGAUUGGAACGCUCAACAUAAUCUCGAGAGUGCGAAUGCAGGGCUGGACAUGCUUAUGCCUGGAGGCGGCUUCUGGGGUAACAACCUGACCGAAGCUGUUCACAACGGAACUGUAAGUGAAGACAGGGUUACAGAUAUGGCAACACGAAUCCUUGCGGCAUGGUACCUUGUAGGUCAAAAUGGCAGCAACUUCCCGGUUCCCGGAUUCGGGCUACAGAAUCUUACCUUGCCCCAUGAGCAAGUCGAUGCCCGCAACCCUGAUUCGAAGCCGGUUAUACUAGAAGGUGCGAUAGCCGGACAUGUCCUAGUGAAGAAUAACGGAGCAUUGCCUUUCAAGAGGUGCCUGACCAUGCUGUCCGUUUACGGUUAUGAUGCUACUAUCCCGAAGACUAAGAACACGGAUACUCUCUUCCAACUAGGAUACACUUCUUCCGCAGAAAUGGGGCAAGCAGUAUUAGGCACGAAGAGUCACUUCAACCAAGCUGCCAAAGGAGGUACAAUUGUGACUGGAGGAAGAGCCGGCGCCAACGCGCCAGCUUAUAUAGAUGAUCCUUUGAGCGCUAUUCAGCAAAGGGCGAGAAUCGAUGGAACCUGGGUUAACUGGGAUUUAACUUCACCUAAACCGGAUGUCAAUGCAGCAUCAGACGCUUGCUUAGUCUUUAUCAAUGCCAUUGCUACCGAAGGAUGGGACCGAGAUGGACUUCACGAUGACUUUAGCGACGGGCUGGUUUUGAACGUUGCUUCUAAAUGUUCAAACACAAUUGUCGUCAUCCAUGCUGCGGGUGUCCGUCUAGUCGAUCAGUGGAUCGAGCAUCCUAACGUUACCGCGACAAUUAUUGCUCACCUCCCCGGUCAGGACAGCGGGAAAGCCUUCGUCAAGCUCCUCUAUGGAGAGGCCCAAUUUUCGGGAAAGCUGCCGUAUACGUUGGCCAGGAAUGAGAGCGAUUAUGCGGUUUACUCUCCCUGCGAUCGCGGCCCCUCAAACACAACAAGCCCACAGUGCGACUUCACCGAGGGAGUCUACGUAGAUUAUCGUCAUUUCGACGAGAACAACAUAGCCCCGCGCUUUGAAUUUGGCUACGGUCUAUCCUACACGACAUUUAAUUACUCUUCGCUCUUAGUUGAGCCCCUGGGUCUUACACCGGAGCCGCAAGGAUCCUCUACUCCAAGCAACGACGAAGCGUUAUGGGACAUCGUGGCCACAGUUAACGCAACGAUUACAAACGCCGGCAAGGUCUCCGGCGCGGAGGUGGCGCAGCUCUACGUCGGAAUCCCGAACAGCCCGCCAAAGCAGCUGCGCGGGUUCGAAAAAGUCCCCCUGGCCCCGGGAGAAUCCGCCGAGGUCACUUUCGAACUUACGAGGCGUGAUUUGAGUGUGUGGGACGUGGUCACUCAGGGUUGGAUCGUACAAGCUGGCCAUUAUGAUUUAUAUGUCGGUGCGAGCAGUCGGGAUAUUAGAUUAACUGGUAGCAUUGACGUCUAGUCCACAUCAAUGCGCUUUGAUGCGAAUAUCCCGAAGAAGCAGACUAUAAUAGCGCUCUAAUACCUGAUGCUAGGUAGGUACAUUGUCUUAAAUACCUACUUCAUAUGGAAUAAUAUCAUUAUCUCCUCUUUAGGGAAAGUAUUUCAUUACCGCUUAAUUAACUACCCAAAUCUUCCAUGUUUUUGCCAAGCAGCGCUGGCAACUCUACUGUUUAGUUGGCUUCGUAGAUGUUCCUCGGGUAUUCGGUAGUGCAAACGUCGCGGAUAGGCCCAAAGUCGCGUGUAUGUCGAGCGUAUGUCGAGCACAUGGAAAAAUUGGACCUUCGCUUCACGCGACUCUGGAGGUCAAUUUACGUUAUAAGAAUCAUGCGCGCAGAUGGCCUUUAUAUAAUAAAUCAUAUGUGGUUCCCAGUCAUUGUCUUAAUUGGAAAG